GAUGCUCUUCCCAUCAAGAAUGCAAAAGCCCCUUUCAUUUAUCGUCUCAUGCGGAUUUUGAUCCACUCAGGCUUCUUCAUUGACGCAAAGAUUCCUGGAACUGAGAAUGAUAAUCAAAAGGGCUAUCUGCUUACUUCUGCUUCUGAGCUUCUUUUAAAGACUAACCCUUUCAGCGUUACGCCGUUUUUACUGGCCAUGCUCGAUCCCAUCUUGACUGAUCCAUGGCACCAUUUCAGCCAGUGGUUUCAGAACAGUGAUGAAUCCCCAUUUUAUACUUGCCAUGGGAGGCCACUUUGGGAGCUUGCAGGCCAUGAGCCGCGGCUUAAUCAAUUCUUUAACGCAGCAAUGGCUAGCGAUGCCCGGCUGGUUAGUAGCCUGGUGAUCAAAGAUUAUAAGCAUGUUUUUGAGGGUUUGAAUUCCUUGGUGGAUGUUGGAGGUGGAACUGGAACUUUUGCUGAGGCAAUUGCCGAUGCUUUCCCUCGCCUGACAUGCACUGUGCUUGAUCUUCCUCAUGUUGUUAAUGGCCUGGAAAGUAGUAAGAACUUAGCCUAUGUCGGAGGAGACAUGUUUGAAGCCAUUCCUUCUGCAGAUACAGUUUUAUUGAAGUGGAUAUUGCACGAUUGGAGCGACGAGGAGUGUGUACAAAUACUUAGGAAAUGUAAAGAAGCAAUUCCUAGCAAGGAAAAAGGAGGCAAGGUGAUAAUUAUUGACAUCUUACUCAAAAGCCAGCAGAAAGGGGAUGAUGAUCAUGAGGCGAUUGAAACCCAACUGCUCUUUGAUAUGCUGAUGAUGGUUCUACUCAAAGGAAGAGAAAGAAAUGAGAAAGAUUGGGCUAAACUUUUCUUUGAGGCAGGCUUCAAUGACUAUAAGAUAACUGCAGCAUUGGGCUUGAGAUCUAUCAUUGAGGUUUAUUAUUAUUAA